AUGAUCACGAGGAGAGGAGAGAUGUUGCUUGGUCUCAAUUGGAUUUUACUGCUUUACCCAACAACGGAGUUCCAGGUUGCACAUUCUCGUUGUAUUGGACGUUUGUUUUCGACGGUCCACGAUGAUGAUACCAAUCACAAUCAAUUGAGUAACAACGAUCAAGAUAGACCCCUUCCGUGGAUGAACUGUGGCGUGCUCAUUUCAUCUUUUAGUGACGGUGUGAUGCCAAAUGAAGAUGCACAGAUAUUUUUGCAGCGCGGACUAGUAAAUGCUCUUUUACUGGAAGAACGGCAUCGACUGGAACAUGCAGUUAAAGCCUCGGCGAUCCAAAGUCCAUGUUGCGGACCCGAUGUUACGGUAUUGGACCGUUUGCAAGAUGUUGACAGACGUAUAGAGCAAGUCGAGAAGUACGCCACUCCUCUCGAUCUCUUGAAUGCGCACGAGCCGGUCUCCAUUCGCCUCCUUUAUAUUCCUACCGCUAUGUAUGCUAUACGAUCAAAUUCUGAGAAUACGCCUGGCAAACAACGGCAACGCGCUCGGGCAGACGGAAAGAAGCGAAGGACGCGCAUAGUGGAUGUUUUGAAAGAGCUAAUUCCGACUGAAAAUACAACGAUCUUGGCAGCGACUCUCGAUUUCGACGACGGCUCGGUCAAACAAACGGAAGGAGCGGCUAGUCAAGCGGUGUUUCCACAAAGCGGGAAAGACGCAAUGCGUGAUUGGGAACCUCAUAUUAUAUAUGUGGAAGGAGGGAACACCUUCUGGCUUUAUCAUUGUAUUGAAAAAGGACACUGGAACGAAGAUCUGGUGAGAUAUUGUACCGGCCCGCGACAAGGCGUAUAUUGUGGCUCUAGUGCUGGUGCUAUAGUAGCGGGGGCGUCCAUUGAAACGGCUUGCUGGAAAGGAUUGGACGAUCCAACUGUCGUUCCGGGUAGGAAUGGUUACAAAGAUUGGAAAAACGUUACGGGUUUGCGCUUAGUCGGCGCUACUUCGAUCUUUCCACACAUGGAAGACCGGUGGGCAGAUACCGUACGGGAAAAACAAGAAAAGCUGCGCGAACCAGUUCUUUGUUUACGCGACGAUGAGGCGCUUUGUGUGUCUGGCCAUAAGCAAUUGGCAUACGUUACAAAGGGAGCGCAAAUAGCAAGCUGA